AUGGAUGGGGACUGCGCGAGCGGGGAGCGGGAGCCAUUGACGGGAGGGGGGGACGGAGAAGAUGGAGGAACUGGGGAAGGGGAAGUGGCGGAGGCUGUGGGGGGAAGGACGCAGGAAACGGUGUUGGAUAUUGAGGUCUUGAAGGAAAACGUUAGCGUGAGUGAGAGCAGUGGGACGGGAAGAGAAGGGAGGAACGAGAUGGGCGAGACGGAGAGAAGGGAAGGACAAGAUGCUGCUGCUGUUGGUGGUGCAGAAGGGGCAGCAGACGAGGCGGGUAAAGGAGUGAGUGUGGGAGAGGCAUCAGGGACGACUGGAGCACAGCAGUCAGAAACCCCACCGAAAGCAGACCCCUCGCAAACAGCACCAACAGCUGCAGCGGGAGCAGCAGCAGCAGCAGCAGCAGCAGGAUCAGCACCAGCCGGAGCAAGAGCAGGAGCGCGAAGAACAACAGUGGAUGGCGGGCGCACGUGGGGCGGGGGCAUCCGCGCCAACACCACCCCCUACUGGCGCUUCGUGCAGAUCCUCUCCGCGGUGGGCGCGGGGGUGAUAUUCAUCCCCGCGCUCGUCUUUACAGUCAUCAUCUUCGUCCGCAGCCUCUGCCUGCAGGCCUGGUACCGCCUCUGCUACUCGGGGGCUGUCCGUAGGCGAAAUCGGCGAGUGGUAACCCCAUCGUGCCUGUCAGUGCUGCCUUCGCCGUGCAUGCGGGGGACUCUGGAUCUAGAGCAGCGAUUGGAGGUGGUCUCGUGGGAGGACGGGCGGGUGGUGACGUGGCGCAAGUCGGACGAGGCGGCGAGAGGAAGUAACGGUGCGACUGGUGCCGCUGCUGCUGCUGCUGCUGGUGCUGCUGGUGUUGCCGCUGCUGCUGCUGGAUCUGUUGGUGAUGGUGAUGGUGGUACUACUACCGGUGCGAGUGCUGGCGACGCUGGCACUUCGAGCAGCGAGGGGGGAAAAGGAGAGGUCUGUAUCGACGUGGGGGGGAGCUCGGGAGCAGAAUCCGCGGGAGCACUGGCAAGCGGCAGAGGAGGCGCGAGUGCGGGGGGAGCAGGCGGAGAGGAGGGCGGGGGGGACAACUCAGUAGCGGGGAUAGAGAUCCGCCCCGCGUCCCCCAUGGCGAGCGUGGCGGAGAACAGCUACCAGCGCGGCAUUCCCAGGAGGCUGUCGCUGAGCUUCGUGCACGCGUGGACGUUCACGUACACGCACGUGGUGAACCGCACGGCUGUUAUGAACGAGGACACGCUGCUGGAGCUCGUGAGGAGGCGGCCUAAGGGGACGCCGCUGAUUACAGUCAGCAACCACAUGUCCACGUGCGUCCGGGGGUGGGGAUGGAUGGGGUCGCAUGGGGUCGCAUGGGAUCUACUGGCACCCGCGGCUUCUCCUAGCACCCGCGGCUUCUCCUAG